AUUUCUACCAUUAGGAAACCCACUCAGAGCCUCCGUGAACUCAGAAGACGCUCAGUUCUUAUUUCCCACGGAUUCCUGACUCUCCGGAAACGCUCACAGCGUAUACACAGGAGGAUAUUAUGCUGGAGAGACCACUGAUUCUUAAGAAAUGAGACAUGGAGAAAAAAACGGCAAAGCUGGAAGCCCUGGAAGAGGCCGUAGCACGAAAAUAGGAUCUGCAUUCGGCUACGGGGUCCUAAUCCCCUCUCUUCAGCACCGGAGGGGAUGGACAGCGUCUCCCAGCUGGGCCUCCGUCUUGGGGACUUAGGUGUGCUUCUCCUGCUGCCUCUACUGCUGUCCUUGUGGUCACUGUCAUGGACAAGAGCUCUUGGCAGCUAAAAGGCGGUGCCUCCGGUCCCCUUCCUUGAUGGUUGAAAACCUGCCUUCCUCAUCCUCCUGUCCCUCAUAGGAACCCGACUCCGCGUGGUUAAACUCUGGGCAGCAACUCCACAAAUAAUUUUCUGUAUGGGCUGGAAGGAACGCAGGCAGCAGAGUGGAGUUGAAGUUCUUAGAAGCACCAAGGAACUGUAAGCGCUGCAGUAGGAGUUGACAUACUCAAAGGCCCACAGUUCUUUAAACAAGAACUUCCCCGACUGGAUUGCAGCUGUUGUGGAGACAGCUUUGCGAGAGCUUGGAGAUACUAAACCCCAACAUUAGAGUAGCCGAAAAGACUCCAUUUCCUCUGCUCAGCAGUCUGCUCUCCAGGAUGUUGAGAUUGCCCAAGAAAUAACGCUGCAAAGAAGACUUACCACUCUACCUAAAUUCAAACCACAUCCUUUAUAGUGCCACAGCACAUGGAUUUCAGAACUACCUGUGAGGAGUCGAAGACAGGGGUUUGCUUGCUACAAGAUGGUAAUCAGGAACCUUUUAAAGUCCGGCUGCAUCUUGCCAGAGAUCUGCUGAUGCUACAGGAGCAAGACGUUCUGUGUGUGUCUGGUGAGCCUUUCUAUUCUGGUGAAAGAACGGUGACAAUUAGAAGGCAGACAGUAGGAGGAUUUGGAUUAAGCAUAAAGGGAGGUGCAGAACAUAACAUUCCAGUUGUCAUUUCUAAAAUCUCCAAGGAGCAAAGAGCGGAGCUUUCAGGACUGCUUUUCAUCGGAGAUGCAAUUCUGCAGAUAAAUGGAAUUAAUGUGAGGAAAUGCAGGCAUGAAGAAGUGGUCCAGGUGCUCCGGAACGCUGGAGAGGAAGUGACGCUGACGGUGUCAUUUUUAAAAAGGGCACCUGCAUUCCUCAAGCUCCCACUGAAUGAAGACUGCGCAUGUGCUCCAAGUGACCAAAGCAGCGGUACCUCUUCUCCUCUUUGUGACAGUGGCUUGCAUCUCAACUACCAUCCAAACAACACAGAUACACUUUCCUGCUCUUCGUGGCCCACAUCUCCAGGCUUGCGGUGGGAGAAGCGGUGGUGUGACCUCAGGCUCAUUCCCCUACUGCAUGCCCGCUUCUCCCAGUACCUGCCCGGGACUGACCUGAGUCGGCAGAAUGCUUUCCAAGUUGUUGCUGUGGAUGGAGUCUGCAGUGGAAUUAUUCAGUGCCUGUCUACUGAAGACUGCAUGGAUUGGCUCCAAGCAAUAGCAGCUAAUAUUUCAAACCUCACAAAGCAUAAUAUCAAAAAAAUCAACAGAAAUUUCCCUGUAAACCAGCAGAUCGUUUACAUGGGCUGGUGCGAAGCACGGGAGCAGGAAUCACUUCAGGACCGUGUGUACACACCUGUCUUUCUCGCCCUGAGGGGCUCCUGUCUUUACAGGUUCCCAUCACCUCCAGUGACCACAUGGGAUUGGACACGAGCAGAGAAAACUUUCUCCAUAUGUGAGAUCAUGUGCAAGGUUCUCAAGGACAGUGACCUGCUGGACCGGCGGAAACAUUGCUUUACUAUGCAGUCUGAGUGUGGGGAGGACUUCUACUUCUCGGUGGAGUUAGAGAGUGACCUUGCCCAGUGGGAGCGAGCCUUCCAAACAGCCACCUUCUUAGAAGUCGAACGGAUACAGUGCAAGACCUAUGCGUGUGUGCUGGAGAGUCACCUAAUGGGCCUCACGAUUGACUUCAGCACGGGUUUCAUCUGCUAUGACGCAGCCACAAAGGCCAUACUUUGGAGGUAUAAAUUCUCUCAGCUUAAAGGCUCAUCAGAUGACGGCAAAAGCAAAAUAAAAUUUUUGUUUCAGAAUUCAGACACUAAACAAAUUGAAGCAAAGGAGCUGGAAUUUUCGAAUUUAUUUGCUGUUCUUCACUGUAUUCACUCAUUUUUUGCUGCCAAAGUGGCUUGUUUGGACCCUCUGUUUUUAGGCAAUCAGGCUGCUGCUGCUGCUACUGCCACCUCUGCUUCUACAAGCAAAGCAAAGCACGUGGCUUGACAUCCUGAGUUCUGCCUAGCAGCCCCCACUGUCACUCCUCGUCUUUGUCCCGCAGAGACCAUGCUGUCACCAUGUCAACAGUGGAGUCGGACUGCAACUCCAGCAGGAAAAAUGUAGGGAGGUAUCUGCAGUGGACCUUACCCUGGCAGGUAUCCACAAAUAACCAGGAAUGGGCAGAGCAGCCUAUUCUCUCUCCUCGGAUCUUUAUCAGGACACAGCCGUCACCGUGUAUGGUGAUGAGUGAUGGUGUAAAGUAUGUAAAUAACACAAAAAUUGUAAGCUACCUAUAAAUAAAAAUACCAAUUAAAUGGCUAUUUCUCUAUUUUAGAUUAUUUUGUAUGACAGAUGCAUAGUGGGCCAGAUCACGAACCAAUGCCCUAUCAUUGUAUUAUGAGUGUAAAUAAGUUAAAAAGUAAAGCAAGGCAAGCAGCAUGCAAUAAUAAUAAAAAAAACAUUAAAACCUCAAGAAUAGAAGUACCUUAACCCACCCACAUGAGUUUCUUCCUAUAUUCCUACCUUAUGUUUCCACAUGAGCAAUCCAGUUGUGUUUACCAGAUUUUAAAUCUUCUGAAGAAUAAAUAAAGAUAAUUACAUUGGCCUGUGACACACACUAAGGAAUGAAACAUUCCUUCUUGGGUGAAUGCUACAAAAAUGUUUUAUAUUAAAAAUGGCAUUAGUCCUGAAUGGCUAAAACACUCAUGAUUUUCCUGUUCUUCAUGUAGACACAAUUAUACUUUUUUGCCUAAUGAUAUUUAUGCACAAACUAAACUUUAAUAAAUUGAUAUGACCCAAAAUUCUUACAGAGAAAAUUAUGUCAACAAAUUCUGUGUAAGAAAUAGGACUUUGUAACCCUUUUCUGUUUGGUCAUAAAUCGAAAAGUUCCUGAAAAGUAGCCACAGAGGUGAUAAUUUCAUUUGAGUAUAUUUAUGAGUAAAUUAAAUAUGAUUUGUAAACAAUUCUCAAAAUACAUGUCCUAGAAUGCCAUGGAGUAUGAUUAAGUAGUUAUAGUAGAUUAAGACUGCUGUAGCUAGCUUGUGUUAGCGUUAGGAAGGUGAAAAGACAGAAAUAGGCAAUAUGGAGAAUGUACUCACAGCUGACAAUGGGGUCUUGCUAGUUACACAAAGCAGGAAGCUUUCUCUGGCCCUCAUCUAAGGCUCUGUAGAUGUCUGCUUUUAAACAACUGGGUACUUAUUGAAAAGUAAGAAGGAAGCCCGUUUUUGCUUGUACACAUUUCAGUUGAUAAUUGUUUUAGCCCUUUUUAAAUGGCCAGUUUUCUAACAGGCAGCUCACUAUUGUUUCCCAUAGUAGAAGAAAAUCUCAUAUAGACUUAAGAGGAAAAUAAAAUAAUUUGUGAGGAGGAACACAAAUCCAUGAAAGUAAAGUCAACAAAUAGUAAGCCAUUUUCAUGAUCAUUAGAAAUAUUAAUUCAUCUUGAGUCAGGUUAAGUGAAAUCUCAUAAUGAGAACUGAAAAAUGUAAGAUGGGAACUAAAAUAUCUUUCCAAAAGAGCAAAAAAAAUUAAUAAUAAAGGUUUACAAACUCUAAAAGAAAUUCAAUGUAUCCCUACAAUAGUAAUAUUGAAAUUGUUGCUUACUAUAUCAACCAGACACAAAAACUAUGGCAAAUUUUGGAUACCACCAAUAUCAGAAUUCUGACUGUCUAACAUAAAGUAGAAGGAGUGAAUAUGGCCACAUUUGACUAUCUCUUCUGAAGCCUCUGCUACUGAGCACGGUGCAGCCACGUGGUGGGUGGCAUGGUGGGUGACCGGGUCGGUAGGGCUUGUGAAAUGCCACAUUCUUCUAAAACUAAAAAAGGAAAUAAUCUGGGGUUUUAAACAAUGCAGAAUUCUUCUGCAAUCAUGUAAGAUAAUUUCAUGGGGCUGGAGAGAUGACUGAGUUUUAAGGGUUAUUAUUGCUCCUGCAGACUUGCUUCGAGCACUCACUCAGUGAUUUGUAACUACAGCAGGGGUUCCGAUGCCCUUUUCUAUACUCAGCAGCACUGGGGAUGCAUGUGGUGCAGGUGAAACAACACAUAAAAUAAUGUAGAUUUCACAAGGCUGUCUUUAAACAUACAGAAACAAAGUAUGCUUUUAUUGUUGUUAUCUCAAAUAGUCUUGUGAAAACAGCAAAAGUAUGAGAUGAGAUCUUUGAGUAUAGAGCUAGUGUACUUACAGAUACGUAAGUACAUGUAUAGAGACAAGUAUAAAUUGUUGACCUUAAUUAUAUUGAAAUAAAAUUUUCCACAUACAUAGAUAGCAUAAUUUGAAUUCAGCUAUAAAGUGUUGCUUGAAACAAAACAUAUUAAAACAACCUUAGUAUUGUUACUAUUUAUAAUAUUGAUCAACAUAUCUUCCUGCUGAAAUGGCUGUUUAACACGAUUAGUGGCGCAAGCAGCAGUUAGGAAAAUACUGUUCUGAUUUUCAUCAGUUUAACAGGUAGUGUUUGAUGCUUUCUUUAUAGUGCUAUUAAACACUGUUAUUUGCUGUUGCUUCUUGGGCUACUUCAGUGAGAAAGUUUAGAAAUGAAUUGAAACACAGAUUUCAAUUUCUCCGUAACUUAGGUAGGUUCAAAUAUAGGAGAUUUUUCUUUCAAAAUUUGCAAGUUUGAGUAUUAAGCACAUAUGAGAAUGCUUCAUGAUUAUUUCACCCCCCUCCAGUGCCUUGGUGGAUGUGUAUGCACAUGCAUGUGUAUGGGGACAAAUUCAAGGGCUUAUUACAGUGUAUACAGUGUAAAUUUAAAGGGCAAUGUAGUUAUGGAGUUAGAGACAGGAGUUUAAAACCACUUGACAACUAUUGAGAAUGCCUUUUAUGUGAUUAAAAUAGCAAACGAUCAGGACUGAAAUAUAUCAAAGCAGGGGCAUUUGAAUCUGUUAUAGCGCAACUUCAAAAACACCUCAAUCGAUGAUUUAAAAAUAAUAAAUACUCCAAUGCUUCCCAUGCAAUCUUACUUUUAAGGAGCAGGAUGAGCUACUACAGUCUCACACGUUUCAGGCAUGAACGACCUUCUAUAAAGUCUUUGCUUAUAAAAGUCAUCCAACAAGAAGAAAGACAAUGAAUACCAAGUCAGUAUUGGCAAACAGAGAAAGUACUUCAUAUAGACAGUGCGGUUUUCUCCUGGAUACAUGAGCUGAUGAAGCCACAUAUCCUUUGCUUAGGUCACAAUGAUUGUUCAUAGUAUAUUCCAUGACGAAUGCUGGGCUUAAGUGAUGCUUGCUUUAUCGCUGAGGGACAGUGAUUCAUAGCAAUCACUUCACUUUACUGUUUCUAUCCCGAAGUGUGGAGAAGCUCUAGCAGUGCAAGGACAAGCUUAAACUCCUCUCUGUAAGGUAAGUGUCUGUGUCCACACUCAAUGGUAAAUAUUUUGUUCCUGUUGGUAUUGCUGUGCUCAGGAACUUAAGGACUCUCUUCAUCCACAUCUCUAGAAUUUCUGGUUGUAUUUUGUUCUGACCCUUUAAUACCCUAAACUCAUGUCACUUUACGUUAUACCUUGACUUUAAUGAUAAUAAAUAAUAGAAAUGUUAUAUAUUUUAUACAUAUUACAAUGUAGUGAAAUAGAAAGACAAAAUGUAAAUAUAUUUAUUUCCUAUUUAAAUGUUUGGUGGAUGUUUCUAAAAUGUAAAUUCAGAUCUGUUAUAACUUGCCACUCUGUCUUUGGGUUCAUUAAUGAUUUAUUACAAAAUAAAGGAAACAAAAAAAACCCUUUCUUAAUGAAGCAUACUAGAAAAUAAAGAU